GUCACAUCAAAUGUCCACAAUGGCGGAGAAAACAAUCUUGGAUAAAGGGUCGUCUUUCAUGGAUCCUUUUAGGGGGCUUUUGUUGACAUAUUUUAUGCCCGAAUUAUGUUACGACGAGUUCUUUCUCAAGUUCAACUUUUUGGACGUACCAUGUCUGAAGAUUGUACUGAGCAAAGGACUGGGGAUUGGCAUCAUCCUGGGAUCAGUGAUGGUAAAGCUGCCUCAGAUCUUAAAGCUGAUGGGAGCAAAAAGUGCUGAGGGGCUGAGUUUCAAGUCUGUGCUGCUGGAGUUGCUGGCCAUCACAGGAACAAUGGCCUACAGUAUCACCAACAAGUUCCCGUUCAGUGCCUGGGGCGAGGCUCUGUUCCUCAUGCUGCAGACAGUUACCAUAGGCUUCCUCAUACAGCACUAUGGAGGAAGAACCAGCAGAGGUUUCCUGUUUCUGGUUGUGUAUUUUGGCCUGCUGGUCCUCCUGCUGUCUCCAGUCACUCCUGUGUCAGUGGUUACCUACAUGCAGGCCUCAAACAUGCCAGCCAUCAUCAUCGGCAGGCUGAUCCAGGCAGCCUCUAACUUCCAUAAUGGGCACACUGGUCAGCUGUCUGCUGUCUCUGUCUUCCUCCUGUUUGCUGGAUCACUUGCCCGUAUCUUCACUUCACUCCAGGAAACUGGAGACUCAUUGAUGGCCCUCACCUAUGUCAUAUCCUCUGCCUGUAACUGCAUCAUCGCUCUGCAGGUUCUGUACUACUGGAACAGUUCCCCAGAAUGCAAGACAAAGAAGAAAAAGAAGAAAGAGUAGGCAAAGAACAGUCGCUAAUCUUCAGUCAUUCAGCAACUUCUCUUUCCGUAUCCAUUAGACACUCUUAAAGAGGUAUAUUCAAAACUUGAAAGAAGAAAUUGAAAUGCAUGUAUGGACCUACUGGGAGGUGUGGGACAAUGAAUCUGCUGGACAAAAGCUUGACUUUAAGUAAGGAUGUGAACAUAACAUGCCAACUCUCAAGAUCAUGGGCACUGGCCUUGAGGGUUUUUCCAGGUUUGUUGGUGGUGUGGCUCUGAGCAGGGUACACUGUUAAUACAUUCCUCUUGAUCGAGUUUUGCUCGUUGCAGUCAGGUUGUGUUCACACCUUUUGUGUUAAAAUGCUUGAAAACGAUUUGUUCACUUACCUGUUGAUUUUUCACUUAGGGCCUCUGAUUACUGUUCUAAUCACCAACAUUGUUGACCUUGGAUGCAUGUAAAGAAUCAUUUGUUGUUUUAUCAUUUCAUAUAAAUAUAAUUCCACACCUCCUCCUACUUUUGUAAGGUCUAAUCUAUUAUCUGUAUUUGGUGACUUUAUGGGGUGACAGCAUUGACAUGAAGAGUGAAGUUUGUACAUUUUUACAAUAUGGUGCAAAAUUCCACGAAUUUGUAAUACCUGUGACAGCGUCUGAAAGAUUUCUGUAACUUUCUACAGGACCACAUCGCCAUAUGUAAGUGAAAGUGAAAUGAAGUGUCUAAAAUUGGUCGUGAUCAGUUUUUAAACUGCACAGCUUCCUCUGA